AUGGGGGAACGUGCAAAAAUAGUCAACGAAUAUCUGACGACAAUUACCUCCAUUCUAUCGUUCUUCGGAACGCUUUUUAUCAUUGUUUCAUAUUUUGUGUGGAAGGACAUUCGAAGCAAGUCCAGACGAAUUUUGGUUUACAUCUCCAUAGCAGACUUUUGUACCGCUGUUGCCACUGUGGCGGCAACUGCAAGUUUUUGGUUGACAGGGUCCGAAACCAAACAAGUAUGUUUUAUCCAAAGCAUUAUCGGAACACUAUCGGUCUUGUGCUCAUUUUUCUGGACAGCAUUUAUGGCCGUGUAUUUGUACUUGAAUGUUUGCAAGAAAACUUCCAGAUUAGCCAACAGAUUACUUUACUUCUUUCACAUGUGUGGAUGGGGUGUUCCUGUUGUAAUUGUAUCUAUCGGUGCAUCAACUAACAAGUUGGGUAACAAUGGCGAUCAAGUCACGUCGGGAUGGUGCUGGGUAAAUAAAAACUUGCCUUGGAAUGAACAAGUCCUAUGGAUGUUUUUGGCUGGAAAAUUGUGGGAAAUAUUGGCCUGCCUCGCUAUAGUUCUUCUUUAUGGCUUAUUAAAACGGAGUAUGACAAAAAAGGUAAGUUAUAAUUCAGUAUGGAAUCUGUGUCGCGCGUGGCAUGGAUCGCUGGGCAAGUUCUGAUUUUUUCUGUUUUAUUCUUGCUUUUGUUUUGUCUUUUAAUAUUUUUCCCCUUGGUGUUUUUACCCUUUAUUCCUACGGCUGGAUCUUUUCCUGAGCUUUGUGAGGUUCUGCCAGACAUUUCUAUUGUUUUUCAUAAUUUUAAUUGGUAUAACAUUUUUCAUUUUAUAACCUUUUGCAUGGUACAAUGUUGAAUAACUGACCUUUGUAGUGCAAUAAAGGCCCCUACUAAAUCUGCCAAUCAGUGAGUCACAUUCUCAACAAUGGAUUCUGACUGUAGUAUUGUUGAAGACCCUUGUUGAGUUAAUUGCUCUGCUCUCAGUUCUCUUUUUGAUGAAAUUUUUGCCCCAUGAAAGGGAAUCUAAGACAGUCUUGGACUCUGGAUUCUACAUCAUGGAUUCCAGAUUCAAGGUACUGAAUUCCAGUCAGUCAGUGAAACGUUACUCUGCAUUCCAAAUGUCAGUGGGAUUCUGGAUUCUUUGAGCUCUAUUCUGGAUUUUAAAGCUCAGGAUUCUGCAUUCCAUGAGCAAAAACUUCUUGGAUUCCAGAUUCCUCAAGCAAAAAUUUCGCAGAUUUGGGAACUGAAAUUACAGUCCACCCUCUUAAUGCAGAUGAUUAAUCAUAAGAUUUGCUCUGACAGACUUUAGUGUUAAAAUAAUGCCCAUACCUUAAUUGGGAAUGACAUACAUCUUUGUUAUAAUGCAACCUUUUUAUCCUCAGCUAACUAAGAAAGAUGGCCUUUUUACCCGAAGCACAAAAGAACAGGCACAAAAGGCAGAAAGGAAGUUGAUAUGUGUCCCCUUGAUAUUUGUCAUCUUGCGCAGUUGGGGGACAAUACGGUUUCUUCUUUUGAUUGCAAAAGGCCCCGACUACAAGUCCCAGGUUGAUGAUUGGCUACUAGUUUUACAGGUCAGUAUUAUAAUAUUCUUAUCAAGCAGCUGCAAUCAUAUCAUCAGAGUGUGCACAGCGAGUGAAGCUUGAAAGUUUAGACAUAGGGCCAACACAAAGGGAACAUUCACCGCUCAUUCACAGUAAACAUGAUCUUCUCCAAGAAUGCACACCUGUAGACCCUAUUGGUUUGAGUUCAUUUGUGGAUUUACAACUUGUCAAUAAUAUUCAGUAAAGUAGAAUCCCCUUAGUUUUUUUUUAAUUCCCAAUUAUAUGAACCAAACCUAACUUCCCUUCACCAGACAAAGACCUUUAUUUUACCCCUGAUAUUUCAAACUUUCCAAUAAUUAGAAGCAAUUUGCUUUUAAUAGGUUGGUUUGAAACAUCAGGAUUCAGCUGUAUGUUCAGGUUCCAAAUUUGCUUCGAAUACACACACUGGAAACUCAAGGAUAUUUGUUUGGUGGUUUGACAGGUGCAAAUUUUGUAGAGAUAUUGAGGGCAACAAAGGUCACAUAGCUUAGAGCAAAUCAUUACAACUUCAUCAUGCCAUCAGGAACUCUAUUGCUGUACAAACAGAGGUGUUGAGAACCUUGAAUAGUAGAUGAAAAGUAUGUCCUCUGUCUUCUCCACCCCCACCUUACAUUAUUUGCUUCUGCCCUAACUUUUUAGUGGGAAUACUAAUUGCUACAUAGGCUGGUGAACCUGAACUGAUCUUAUAAGUAAAGGAACAAUCAAGAUCACUAAAUCUUUUUUGCCUUGAAAAAAUCAAAAGAGCAAGUGAAGUCCCUUUCUACUGUGUAGAGUGUCAUUCGUUAACAGGUAUUGGGGGAUGGGGUUGGGUUCAGGUUGUAAUCCUAAGUAGCUAUGAUCAUUGAGCAAAGAGAAUAUAACUAAACACCAGUCUCAGUGAGGUGGGUUAAUCCUAAUUUCUGUGAAAAUCGUUAUUUAGACUUGAAUUCUGAGAAUUCAAAACUUGGCCAGCCUCUGGAAUGUCUGGUGGGUUCCAUCAAUACUUGACUACUGAUGCAGUAGUAUUAGCAAAACAAUGAAGUAUAAAUCGUAAUACUGUUUAGUCUGUGUGAUGUACCACAGGGUCAAACCAUGGAAGCAGUACACUGAUUGGGAGAUAAGGGUAGUCAAUGAAUGAAUGGAGGGGGUUACUACAUUCAUGACUUGAAUUGAUGUACAGAUUUACCUCUCACUAAAAUUUUUCCUUUUUUAUGUGCGAUUGUUUAUUGCCAAGCUGUUAAUUUGCUUGUACUUGACUGGUUUUGCAUUUUACAGUGUUUGCUUCUACUUUUGUUCAAAUUUUUAAGAAAACUUUAUUUAUUAAGAGUCUUAUAGUCAAAUAUAAAUUAUAUAGUAGUCUAUUCAGUGUGGAGCCAAUGUGGCACUCACUUUAGUUUAACUUGAAUGGAAUGCAAAAAUAAAAAGGUAAUAGUUUAGUGUUCUAAAAUGUUAUUGUUUGUUUAUUUUCAGGGUAUAGGAGACAAUGCACCUGGGUUUGCCAACUUUCUUCUUUUCUGCUUCUUCACUGACAAAUUUCUUGGGCGCUUUCACUGGUGGCUGAGAUCUUGUUGUGCAAAGUGUUUUGCAAAAAGCACCCACAGAUGUAGCUCAUUAACUAUUUAUUGUGAAGACACUUCACCAAAGGAACCACUUAUUGGUCAG